CUUUUCUCCCAGCCGCGGGAACCUAGAGUUCCUGAGCUCCCUGAGCGCCUGCGCGGGGGACCGCAGAGGCGCUGGCGAACGGCGGGGAGACCAGGGCGCAUGCGUAACACGGCUUGACAGAGCGCGGAGGAAAAAUCCGCGAGAAGGUGGUGGAGGAAGAUGGCGGUGCUGGGGUAGAGUUUGCAAUGUUUCUGAAUAGGCUAGUCGAGUAACUAUUCGGGUCAUGGCGUCAAACUCAACUAAGUCUUUUCUGGCAGAUGCCGGCUAUGGCGAACAGGAGCUGGAUGCUAACUCUGCCCUUAUGGAAUUAGACAAAGGUCUAAGAUCUGGCAAACUUGGUGAACAGUGUGAAGCAGUUGUCCGCUUUCCCAGGCUCUUUCAGAAGUAUCCAUUCCCCAUUCUCAUCAAUUCUGCUUUCCUAAAGUUAGCUGAUGUUUUCAGAGUUGGAAACAAUUUCCUGAGGCUAUGUGUUCUUAAAGUUACUCAACAAAGUGAGAAGCAUUUGGAGAAGAUUCUAAAUGUGGAUGAAUUUGUGAAGAGGAUUUUCUCUGUGAUUCAUAGUAAUGAUCCUGUAGCAAGAGCCAUCACACUCCGGAUGUUGGGAAGUCUGGCAUCAAUAAUUCCUGAGAGGAAGAAUGCUCAUCAUAGUAUUCGUCAGAGUCUGGAUUCACAUGAUAACGUAGAAGUUGAAGCUGCUGUUUUUGCUGCUGCUAACUUCUCUGCACAAUCAAAGGAUUUUGCUGUAGGAAUCUGUAACAAAAUCAGUGAAAUGAUUCAAGGUCUAGCCACGCCAGUAGACUUGAAGCUGAAGUUGAUCCCUAUCCUGCAGCACAUGCACCAUGAUGCAAUAUUGGCGUCCAGUGCUCGUGAGCUUUUACAACAGCUAGUCACAUCCUAUCCUUCCAACAAAAUGGUGAUUGUUUCUUUGCACACCUUUACUCUGCUUGCAGCUUCGUCUUUGGUUGAUACGCCUAAGCAGAUUCAGCUUCUAUUGCAGUAUUUGAAGAAUGACCCCAGGAAAGCAGUAAAGAGACUUGCUAUUCAAGAUCUGAAAUUACUUGCCAAUAAAACACCACAUACUUGGAGUAGGGAAAACAUUCAGGCACUCUGUGAAUGUGCCCUCCAGACUCCUUAUGACAGCUUGAAACUUGGGAUGUUGUCUGUUCUUUCCACGCUGUCAGGGACCAUCGCCGUCAAGCAUUACUUCAGCAUAGCUUCAGGAAAUGUGGGUUCUUCCCCUAGAUCCUCUGAUUUAGUCAAAUUAGCCCAAGAGUGCUGUUACCAUAAUAAUAGGGGCAUUGCAGCUCAUGGAGUGAGAGUCCUAACUAAUAUUACUGUCUCCUGUCAAGAAAAAGACCUUUUGGCACUGGAACAAGAUGCUGUCUUUGGCCUGGAAUCCCUUCUGGUACUUUGUAGUGAAGAUGAUAGCCCAGGUGCUCAAGCCACUUUAAAGAUCGCUCUGAAUUGUAUGGUGAAGUUGGCCAAGGGUAGGCCCCAUCUCAGCCAGUCUGUAGUUGAGACCUUGUUGACUCAGUUGCACAGUGCUCAGGACGCUUCCCGGAUCCUGAUGUGCCACUGCCUGGCCGCCAUUGCCAUGCAGCUGCCUGUGUUGGGCGAUGGAAUGCUCGGUGACCUCAUGGAGCUCUACAAGGUGAUCGGACGGUCAGCCACAGACAAGCAACAAGAACUUCUGGUGAGCUUGGCCACUGUGAUUUUUGUAGCCAGUCAGAAAGCACUGUCUGCUGAAGUAAAGGCAGUAAUUAAGCAGCAGCUUGAAAGCGUCUCCAAUGGAUGGACUGUAUACCGAAUUGCCAGACAGGCAUCCCGAAUGGGUAAUCACGACAUGGCCAGAGAGCUUUAUCAGAGUUUGCUGACUCAGGUUGCCUCAGAACAUUUCUACUUCUGGCUGAAUAGUUUGAAGGAGUUCUCACAUGCAGAGCAGUGUCUCACUGGGUUGCAAGAGGAGAAUUAUAGUUCAGCACUUUCUUGCAUUGCUGAGUCUUUAAAAUUCUACCACAAAGGGAUUGCUUCCUUAACAGCUGCCAGUACACCACUGAAUCCUUUAAGUUUUCAGUGUGAAUUUGUAAAGCUCAGGAUUGACCUUCUCCAAGCCUUCUCUCAACUUAUCUGUACUUGUAGUAGCCUCAAGACAAGCCCGCCACCUGCAAUUGCCACAACAAUUGCCAUGACCUUAGGGAACGACCUCCAGCGGUGCGGUCGCAUCUCCAAUCAGAUGAAACUGUCCAUGGAAGAAUUCCGAAGCCUUGCUUCCCGAUAUGGGGAUCUUUAUCAGGCAUCUUUUGAUGCUGAUUCCGCAACUUUGAGGAAUGUAGAACUACAGCAGCAGAGCUGUUUACUGAUAUCUCACGCAAUAGAAGCCCUGAUUUUGGAUCCAGAAUCAGCAAGUUUCCAGGAAUAUGGAUCUACAGGAGCAGCCCAUGCUGAUAGUGAAUAUGAGAGAAGAAUGAUGUCUGUAUAUAAUCAUGUCUUGGAGGAGGUGGAAUCACUCAGUCGGAAAUAUACCCCUGUUUCUUAUAUGCAUACAGCAUGCCUCUGCAAUGCCAUCAUUUCUUUGCUGAAAGUUCCUCUUUCAUUUCAGAGAUAUUUUUUCCAGAAACUGCAGUCUACCAGCAUCAAGCUUGCCCUGUCACCAUCCCCCCGGAACCCUGCUGAACCCAUUGCUGUCCAGAAUAACCAGCAACUAGCGCUGAAGGUAGAGGGAGUGGUCCAGCACGGAUCUAAACCAGGACUCUUCCGCAAAAUUCAGUCUGUCUGUCUGAAUGUUUCUUCCACACUGCAGAGUAAAUCUGGACAAGACUACAAGAUACCCAUUGACAAUAUGACCAAUGAGAUGGAGCAGAGGGUCGAGCCUCACAAUGAUUACUUCAGUACCCAGUUCCUGCUGAACUUUGCUAUCCUUGGCACACACAACAUUACAGUGGAGUCUUCUGUGAAAGACGCCAACGGCAUCGUAUGGAAGACUGGUCCCAGAACCACCAUAUUUGUAAAAUCCCUGGAAGACCCUUAUUCGCAGCAGAUUCGCCUGCAGCAGCAGCAGGUCCAGCAGCCGUCACAACAGCAGCAGCAGCGAAAUGCCUACACGCGGUUUUAGCCGUGCAACAGAGGCACUACAGACUUCCCAGGGACUGAGCAAAUUAGCGAAAAUAGUUUGCUUUUUCAUAUGGAUAAAGGUACAAAAGUUAGACUAUGGAGUCCGUUUAUUCAUUGCUUUCUGUGAUAGAACAUUCUGAAAAAAAAUUUCUUUUCUUAAAAAUUUACUUGGAGAAAUCAUUGGGUUCCUAACCAGAAAGAUUUUUUUCCCCUUAUUUCUUCUUAAACCAAGUCCUUCAUCUCCUAUUUAGCACUUUCAUUGUUUUGCUAUUAUUACUUUUAUUUUUGCUGAGCCUUCUCUUUUUCUUUCAGAAAAAAGUCACAUAUUGGGAUCACUGAAUUAGUAAAUUUGACUGCUUUCCUACCAGAAUAUAUCACUUGCUGCCUGACAUAGACCUCUGAUUCUGAGCUGGGCCUUUGGAGGUUCUGAGCUGGGCCUUUGGAGGUUCUGACCAGUAUGUGCCGGGUUUACCCAGGGUAGUAGAAACUGAGUACUCCCGUAGUUGGACUUGAAAGUGUCCCCUGAAACAUCCAGUCUUGUGGAUUCUGAGAGCAUGCAGUCUAGCAGAAUGGAAACAUCCUGCCGUAUUAUUUCAACUGUUUACCUAUCUAUUCUCUGCUAAAGCAAUCUUAAUUUAUUGUUUUAGUAUUUAAUUGACCCAAAGAGCAGCUAACAAUUACAUAGAAAGAUUGGAAAUUAAUAAUUUGUUUUUUCUAAUACAUGUGUGAUUUUAUGCAAUACAGACUUUUUUAUUGUUUCUAAGAAUGAAAAAAAUCACAUUUAAUGUUAGGAGGGCAGAUCUUUUCCUUUGAUUGGUUUAGAUUCUUCUUGGCAAGUUAGGUAACGCUAAACGUGGUUGUCUAGAAACAGCAGUCUCUUUAUAAUACACCCUCAGUUAGUUGGGAUGCUCAGGGAAUAGAAGUUUUCUCGUUAGCCAGAAAACCCCCUUUUUUUCUAUGUCAAUACUGGUUGAAAACCAUUAUAAGAUAUAAUAAUAAUACACUUUCUUUUCUUAACACAGUAUACUACAUGUAAUUUAACUGUUCUUUCUUGAUUUGGGAUCGUUCAGUGCUUCAGGAUCAUGAUUUCUAGACAUCAGGGAUCACAGGAUUGCAGACACUGAUGAUAUGGGCACUUGGGCUGGAAGUAGCUCCCAAGGUGAAGCGCAGGGCACAUUCCCUGGAAGUUUUCUUUUAAAAUAAAUCUCUCAAUUGCUUUGCU